AUGGAUACCUAUCCUUUACGAGAUGAAUGGAAUAAUCCUAUCACAGAUCUAGAUGAGGAAAUUUCCGAUAAUGAAGGAGCAGGAGUGUCGUCAUCAAAUCGCAGACAGGAAAAAGAUAUUCCUGUUGCGACAGACCCCCAAGACUUUCUCGAAACUAUAAUAAACGAAAAUGAAUACCCUUGGCGAUCAAGUUUUCACAAGGAAGCAAUACGAGGAAGUCGAUCAGCAAACCCACGAUCAAUAUAA